UCAAUCGUUCCGUCCCAUGAAACUUCCCACUCUGUCUGCUCCUCUUGUCUUCCUCCUAAACAAAGACGCAAUCUGCUGUGAAGCGGCUGAACCCAUAACCGACCGACUGACACACAUUCCAUCCACUCACAGAGCCCAAAUCCUCGCAAAUGGCUCUUCUCGGAUCCAACGUCGCUGGCGAGGUUGGUUUGCGUUUACUGCUCAGCCCACUCAGUUCUAACAUUGUAGUUCGAACAGCAUGCUGCUCUGUGGGCAUUGCUUUUCCUGUGUACUCGACAUUCAAGGCAAUCGAGAGAAGGGAUGAAAAUGAGCGACAAAAAUGGCUUCUGUACUGGGCAGGUUCUAGGAUAUUAUCAUAUGGAUCCUUUAGCCUUGUGGAAGUAUUCACGGACAAGCUGAUUUCUUGGUUUCCAUUUUAUUAUCAUGUCAAGUUCGCAUUUCUGGUUUGGCUUCAACUUCCCACUAUUGAUGGAGCAAAACAACUGUACUUGAACCACCUUCGCCCAUUUCUCUUGAGGCAUCAAGCUAGAAUAGACCGAGUUGUGGACUUCACGUACAGUGAAAUGAUCAAGCUCGUCAUUGCCCACCAAGCAGAAAUCCAGUAUGCAAGGACCCUGAUUAUGAAACUCCUGGGUUCAGAUGUUCAGGCAACAACGCAUCCCAGGACACAGGACGAGCCCCAGGAAAACCAUACAAUGGGGGAACAAAGAAAUUUAACCUGGGACACAGAGUCUGACCAUGGUGAUUAAGACUUAACAGGUGAUAAUUACGCCUGCUUUCUGUUAGAUGGUAUUAUGUUCAUCGUGUAGACACAGGCAUCGACCUCCUGUAUAGUCCAGUUCCCUUUUAGGUAGAGUUUAUCGACAUGUGACGAGUUUGCAAGUACUUUUGGAAAGUUCGUGAGAUUGUGUUUAGCUCAUGCUAUUUGUUGAUAUUCUGUACAGUGGAGUAUUAUACUAGAUGUUUGUGGUAAUUCAACAGUCUCGCCUUGUAGGCCUGUGUUUACGAUUAAGAAGCUCGAUACUUGAUGGGGUUAUGUAGUUUCUGAUGUUUCUCACCAAAGGUUGUAAUCCUAUCGCGCUAAAGUUUCAGUCACAUAGCUUUUUCAGUCUGGAUAAUGACUGAAUUCCUUUCCA